AUGUUGAAAAGUCAUUUGCCUAUUCAAGCAAUAAACGAUCGUAAACAAAAGAGAAAGAUCAAUAAUAAGGAUGGAAAUAGUAAUGACAAUAAUAAACAUCAAAAUAUUUCAAAAAACAAAAGUAAUAAUAAACUUAUAGGCAAGAAUGUGGAUGAGGUUUCCCAUGGUACCCCGGAUCAAAGCAAUAACGUUGUGGAGGAAGAAGCAGAAGUGAAGAAGCAGAAUGAUAAUAAUAAUAAUAACAGAAAUAAUAAAAAUAAUAAUCGUAACAACAGCAAAGGAAACCAUAUUAGGAAAUUGGCAAAAUGGAGAAGCACUUGGAAUGAUUACUUCAUUAAUAACAAUCUAAACAUUCUGUUGUUGUAUUCAAAAGAUAAUAGAAGGGAUCCGCAAAUGUUUCAUUUGAUCAGUUGGAUCUUGAAAACCUUCAAAAAAUAUUUAUAUACAACUAUUAUUACUCGUACGGAUUUAAGAAGUCAAUCUGAUGACUUGCUAGACAUUGUCAUUCAUGUAAACCCGAUUUCAGAUGAAAUUGUGAAAUCACAACCAUCAAAGACUAAAUUUUGGUCAAUCUCAAAGACCAAAAAUUUUUUGAAUAAUUUGGGGUACGCUUAUACACAGCCCACUGUACCAUUAGUACAACCUCCUACAAUACGGCAAAGGUCAAUCCCACCGUUGAUCCCUUUACAAUCACCUUACAUUCAUCUAUAUUUUGAAAACCAUAAAUAUUUACCCAUUGUUAUUAAAGAUAAAUUAGAUGAUCUACAUCAAAUAUUUUAUGAAAAUAAUUCAAAUGGCUCAUGCCCAUUUAAACAUAUUAAAAAGGAAUUAAAUUUUGAAAAAAUUUAUUCUAAACAUUCAAAUCUUUCGAAAUUUGCAUUAUAUCUUAGGCAAAGAUAUUAUCCAUUCAAGAAUGUAAAUCAUUCUUCCCACUUCCCAUUCAUAAGCCAUUAUAAUUUCGGCUCAUUAAAUUCUAAAGUUAUCUUUAAUUCAUUACAUCCUCAAUUAGAAAAUGACAAUGAUCAAACUAUACAAUCAAUUGACUUAAUUCCUAAUUCCCAAAACUAUAAAGUUAUAGAGUUAAAUCAUCUGUAUCUCCCAAAGAGGAAGCGUAUUUCAAACACUAAUUUCCAUUCAGGCUAUUGUGAAAUUUGCAAGUCGGAGUUUAAAAACUAUACUUUACACAAGACAUCUGAUGAGCAUUUGAAGCAUAUACAAGUGUUAGAAUCUAGCGAUUCGUUUGAAUUGAUUGAUAACCUGAUUGAGACUUUACAAUACCCUUUCUAA